GAUAAAGCAUUUUCAGCUCCUUGCUUCACUGUUGGUCCUAACACCAACGACUCACGGGCUUAUUAUUUGGUACUGAUCAUAUUUCUUCUUAUGCUAUAGUAAUAAAAUGCUUCUCGUGCUCUACUUGCACUAGAGAAGCCCUAGUGGAAGCUUCUUUUCACUUCUCUCAUGUUUGCUAGCUGCCAUGGAUCCAAUCAUUCGCCUUCUUGUUCUAACAUCCUCUUUUACGCAUCUACUUUCCGCAAUAGCUCAACCAGCAAGUCCCAUCUCUCGGAUCACAGUAGUGGGUGUUGUUUUCUGCGAUAUCUGUUCAACCAACGCUUUCUCUAGACGCAGCUACUUCUUGCCAGGUGUGGAAGUCAACAUUCAAUGCAAGUUUAAAGCAAAAUCACCUAAAACUACAGAGCAAAUGACGGUGUCAGUCAACAGAAGUACUGAUAAGUAUGGAGUAUACAAGCUAGAAAUCCCGCACGUUGAUGGGGUUGACUGUGUGGAAGGUUUGGCUAUUGAGUCAUUAUGCCAGGCAAGUUUAAUAGGGAGCAAAUCUGCAGCAUGCAAUGUACCAGGUUUGAAGACUUCGACAAAUCAGAUAUCUGUCAAGUCAAAACAAGAUAAUCUCUGCAUCUACAGCUUGAAUGCACUGAGUUACAGGCCAUCCAAGAGAAAUGCCACCUUAUGUAGAAAUCACAAAGGGCUGCCGCCGACUUCUUCUUUUAACUCUUCAAAAUGCAUUUUUCCUUUCCCAAGAUUUGGAUUCCCUUGGCCUUUUCCAUCAAUGCCUUUACCGCCGCUUCCAUCACUCCCAUUCCCUCCCCUGCCGCCUUUGCCAUCUUGGCCCUUUCCCCGCUUGCCGUAUCCGAAUCCACCAUCUUUGCCUUUCCCUUUUCCUCCAACCCCAUCUCUUAUUACCCCACCCCCUCCUCCACCUGCAUUUAAUCUAGGAGAUCCAAGAACUUGGUUUCCUAAUUUCCCUACACUAUCUCCUCCUCCCCCACCUGCCUUUAAUCUGGGAAACCCCAAAACCUGGAUUCCGUACAUUCCCCCUUCCCCUCCGAGCAUCCCCCAGAACCAAACACCAUAAAAAGAUGAUCUAAAUUCAAUUAAACUCCAAAAUAAUUAUGUUUGAUACUGUGUGUUAUUAUUCAUGAUUUCAAACCUUUCAUAUAAUUGGUAUAGAAAAGUAGAAUGUACGUGCUUAAUU